AUGCGGUCCACAACGUUGCUAAGCCUGGGCGUGUUCGUCGUGUUGGUCCUGCUAACGGAAGCACGGCCGGCACACAGUGCUCUCAUCUUACCGCUGAUCAUCUUCAAGAAGCUGCCCAAACACAAGUUGCUGGUACCGGUGCCCCUACCACUGCCUCUGCCGAUCCCUAUUCCGCUGAUAAAGCCCAAGGUGCUACCGCUGAUCCUGCCGAAGUUGCCCCGGAUCGGGAUCACCCUGCACUUGGGCAAGGGGUCUCCACUGCGACACCUGAGGAUACACCACAAACCGAAGCUGGUGCACCUUGACCACGGCCACGACGACCACGACUACCACCACUCGCACUCGAGUCACCAGCCGCACCACCACCACCACCACGGACCGCCGCAGCACUCGGGCGAGGACGAGGUGUACGAAGUCAAGAGCGCGCCACCGUCGUCGUCGUACCCGAGCAAGGACUGGAAGUCGUAGCCCCGUUCUCGAACACUUCCCCGAGAGUCAUCCUCCCACGUCGUCCUGACGUCAGCUGUGUCCGGAGUGCGUUCGUACACGUGUAAACAGUCACGUGGCGUAUCGAGACGACAGGCCGCGGACCGUUCCGCCCA